AUGGCGUUCAGAGGGAAAGAGAUGAUGAAGAAGAUAGUGAAGAAAGUUGGAGCAGAGACUCUGACGCCUGAGCUGAAAGAGAAGCUCAAGGCUUGCGUUCCCGAUUCAAAAGUCGUGAUGGGAAGAGCCAAACGCGGUCUCUACGCCGGCCGCCAUAUCCAGUACGGAAACCGCGUUAGUGAAGACGGUGGCAACAAGUCAAGAAGAUGUUGGAAACCUAACGUCCAGGAGAAGCGGUUGUUCAGUUACAUAUUCGACCGUCACAUUAAAGUCAAAGUCACAACGCACGCUCUCCGCUGCAUCGACAAAGCAGGAGGAAUAGACGAGUACUUACUUAAAACACCGUAUCAGAAGAUGGAUACAGAGAUGGGUCUUUUCUGGAAAACCAAAGUGGAGCAAAGAUACGCUGAGCUAGGUCAGAUGGAAGUAGCGUUUUUUAAUCCUGAGGAUGAAGCUAAGUUUGAGCAAGGGUUCAAAGAUUUGAAUAUAGCUAAGAAAGAGGCGCGGAGGGAAGCUCGCAAGGAAGCUAGAAGAAAGUUGUAUGGGGAUAAAGGAGGUGAAGAGAAGGAUGAGGAAGAAGCUUCUCUUGAAGCUGGAGGGUCUGAGUCGCACCAGGAUGAUCAUGGAUGGUUAGAAGCUAGUGCUUAA